GUUUUUAUAUUUAAAAAUUAUGUAAGGAGCUCCAGUGAUUGUUGUGAAUGCUAAUACAAAAAGAGAAUAAGGAAGAAAAGCUUAAUUGGGAAAUAUAUAAGCAGCUAAGGCUGUAUCAGAUAUAGUCCUUACUACUCUUGGUCCUCGUUCAAUGUUAAAAAUGUUAUUAGAUCCAAUGGGAGGAAUAGUAAUGACUAAUGAUGGUAAUGCAAUUUUAAGAGAGAUUGAUGUUCAACAUCCAGCAGCAAAGAGUAUGAUUGAAUUAGCAAGAGUAUUAUUAUUGAGUUAUUAUAAUUUAUAGGCUUAAGAUGAAGAAGUUGGAGAUGGAACAACAUCAGUUAUAAUUUUGGCAGGUGAAAUGAUGGUUGCAGCUAGACCAUUUAUAGAAAAGAAUAUUCAUCCAACUGAAAUUGUUAAUGGUUAUUUUAAGGCUUUAGAAGAUUCACUUUCAAUAUUGGAUGAAAUUUCAUAAUAGAUAGACACUGAGAAAAAAGAAGAAGUUAUGAAAGCUUUGUAAUCUUGUAUAGGUACUAAAUUUGCAUUCAGAUGGGGAACAUUAAUAAGUGAUCUUUCUUUAUAAGCUACAAGAAUAGUUUUAAGAGGUGGUAAUGUUAAUAAAUUGAAUUUGGAAAUCAAGAGAUAUGCAAAAGUAGAGAAAAUUCCUGGUGGAACUCUUGAAGAAAGUUGUGUUCUUGAAGGAGUUAUGAUUAAUAAAGAUGUUACUCAUCCAAGAAUGAGAAGAGAAAUUAAAAAUCCAAGAAUAAUUUUAUUAGAUUGUACAUUAGAAUACAAAAAGGGAGAAUCUAUGACUAAUAUGGAAAUGACAAAAGAAUCAGAUAUGACUGAUGCACUUUAAUAAGAAAUUAAUGAAGUUGCAUUAAUGUGUAAUGAUAUUUUAAAACAUAAACCUGAUAUUGUUAUUACAGAAAAAGGAGUAUCUGAUUUAGCAUAACAUUUCUUAUUAAAAGGAAAUGUUUCUGUAAUUAGAAGAGUCAGAAAAACAGAUAAUACUAGAAUAGCAAGAGUAUCUGGAGCAACAAUUGUUAAUAGACCAGAAGAAAUAUAAGAAACUGAUAUUGGUACAUUAUGUGGAACAUUUGAAGUCAAAAAAAUAGGAGAUGAUUAUUUUGCUUUCUUUGUUGAUUGUUAAAAUCCUACUGCUUGUUCUAUCAUAUUGAGAGGAGCUUCAAAAGAUGUUCUAAAUGAAAUGGUAUAUUAUAUAAUGUAUUAAUUAUAUAGGAAAGAAAUUUACAUGAUUGUUUAGCAGUGGCUAAGAAUAUAUAUUAAGAUCCAAAAUUAUUACCAGGAGGUGGAGCUGUUGAAAUGGAAGUUAGUGCUAGAUUAUUAGAGAAAGCUAAUAGAGUAGAAGGAUUANUAUGUAAGGAGCUCCAGUGAUUGUUGUGAAUGCUAAUACAAAAAGAGAAUAAGGAAGAAAAGCUUAAUUGGGAAAUAUAUAAGCAGCUAAGGCUGUAUCAGAUAUAGUCCUUACUACUCUUGGUCCUCGUUCAAUGUUAAAAAUGUUAUUAGAUCCAAUGGGAGGAAUAGUAAUGACUAAUGAUGGUAAUGCAAUUUUAAGAGAGAUUGAUGUUCAACAUCCAGCAGCAAAGAGUAUGAUUGAAUUAGCAAGAGUAUUAUUAUUGAGUUAUUAUAAUUUAUAGGCUUAAGAUGAAGAAGUUGGAGAUGGAACAACAUCAGUUAUAAUUUUGGCAGGUGAAAUGAUGGUUGCAGCUAGACCAUUUAUAGAAAAGAAUAUUCAUCCUACUGAAAUUGUUAAUGGUUAUUUUAAGGCUUUAGAAGAUUCACUUACAAUAUUGGAUGAAAUUGCAUAAUAAAUUGACACUGAAAAAAAAGAAGAAGUUAUGAAAGCUUUGUAAUCUUGUAUAGGUACUAAAUUUGCAUUCAGAUGGGGAACAUUAAUAAGUGAUCUUUCUUUAUAAGCUACAAGAAUAGUUUUAAGAGGUGGUAAUGUUAAUAAAUUGAAUUUGGAAAUCAAGAGAUAUGCAAAAGUAGAGAAAAUUCCUGGUGGAACUCUUGAAGAAAGUUGUGUUCUUGAAGGAGUUAUGAUUAAUAAAGAUGUUACUCAUCCAAGAAUGAGAAGAGAAAUUAAAAAUCCAAGAAUAAUUUUAUUAGAUUGUACAUUAGAAUACAAAAAGGGAGAAUCUAUGACUAAUAUGGAAAUGACAAAAGAAUCAGAUAUGACUGAUGCACUUUAAUAAGAAAUUAAUGAAGUUGCAUUAAUGUGUAAUGAUAUUUUAAAACAUAAACCUGAUAUUGUUAUUACAGAAAAAGGAGUAUCUGAUUUAGCAUAACAUUUCUUAUUAAAAGGAAAUGUUUCUGUAAUUAGAAGAGUCAGAAAAACAGAUAAUACUAGAAUAGCAAGAGUAUCUGGAGCAACAAUUGUUAAUAGACCAGAAGAAAUAUAAGAAACUGAUAUUGGUACAUUAUGUGGAACAUUUGAAGUCAAAAAAAUAGGAGAUGAUUAUUUUGCUUUCUUUGUUGAUUGUUAAAAUCCUACUGCUUGUUCUAUCAUAUUGAGAGGAGCUUCAAAAGAUGUUCUAAAUGAAAUGGUAUANAUUAUUUCUAAUUCUAUAAACUUAUAGAUAUUUUAAAAUGGAUCAAAAAAUCCUAUUUUAAAUAUAUUAAAUGAUAUGAAUAAGACUUAUUAAUGCAGAUCUAAUAAAAUUGAAUUUAUUAUUUUUUUUAAAUUGAUAAUGAUUUAUAAUAUAUUAAUGAAUAUAAACAUUAAUAAAUAUAAAAGAAAAUAAUAAAAUCCAUUAAAAGUUUUUAUAUAUAAAUAUAUGUAAGGAGCUCCAGUGAUUGUUGUGAAUGCUAAUACAAAAAGAGAAUAAGGAAGAAAAGCUUAAUUGGGAAAUAUAUAAGCAGCUAAGGCUGUAUCAGAUAUAGUCCUUACUACUCUUGGUCCUCGUUCAAUGUUAAAAAUGUUAUUAGAUCCAAUGGGAGGAAUAGUAAUGACUAAUGAUGGUAAUGCAAUUUUAAGAGAGAUUGAUGUUCAACAUCCAGCAGCAAAGAGUAUGAUUGAAUUAGCAAGAGUAUUAUUAUUGAGUUAUUAUAAUUUAUAGGCUUAAGAUGAAGAAGUUGGAGAUGGAACAACAUCAGUUAUAAUUUUGGCAGGUGAAAUGAUGGUUGCAGCUAGACCAUUUAUAGAAAAGAAUAUUCAUCCUACUGAAAUUGUUAAUGGUUAUUUUAAGGCUUUAGAAGAUUCACUUACAAUAUUGGAUGAAAUUGCAUAAUAAAUUGACACUGAAAAAAAAGAAGAAGUUAUGAAAGCUUUGUAAUCUUGUAUAGGUACUAAAUUUGCAUUCAGAUGGGGAACAUUAAUAAGUGAUCUUUCUUUAUAAGCUACAAGAAUAGUUUUAAGAGGUGGUAAUGUUAAUAAAUUGAAUUUGGAAAUCAAGAGAUAUGCAAAAGUAGAGAAAAUUCCUGGUGGAACUCUUGAAGAAAGUUGUGUUCUUGAAGGAGUUAUGAUUAAUAAAGAUGUUACUCAUCCAAGAAUGAGAAGAGAAAUUAAAAAUCCAAGAAUAAUUUUAUUAGAUUGUACAUUAGAAUACAAAAAGGGAGAAUCUAUGACUAAUAUGGAAAUGACAAAAGAAUCAGAUAUGACUGAUGCACUUUAAUAAGAAAUUAAUGAAGUUGCAUUAAUGUGUAAUGAUAUUUUAAAACAUAAACCUGAUAUUGUUAUUACAGAAAAAGGAGUAUCUGAUUUAGCAUAACAUUUCUUAUUAAAAGGAAAUGUUUCUGUAAUUAGAAGAGUCAGAAAAACAGAUAAUACUAGAAUAGCAAGAGUAUCUGGAGCAACAAUUGUUAAUAGACCAGAAGAAAUAUAAGAAACUGAUAUUGGUACAUUAUGUGGAACAUUUGAAGUCAAAAAAAUAGGAGAUGAUUAUUUUGCUUUCUUUGUUGAUUGUUAAAAUCCUACUGCUUGUUCUAUCAUAUUGAGAGGAGCUUCAAAAGAUGUUCUAAAUGAAAUGGUAUAUUAUAUAAUGUAUUAAUUAUAUAGGAAAGAAAUUUACAUGAUUGUUUAGCAGUGGCUAAGAAUAUAUAUUAAGAUCCAAAAUUAUUACCAGGAGGUGGAGCUGUUGAAAUGGAAGUUAGUGCUAGAUUAUUAGAGAAAGCUAAUAGAGUAGAAGGAUUAGGUUAAUUACCUUAUAAAGCAGGUAUAUUUAAUUAAUCAUAUUUUAGUUGCCUAUGCCUUAGAAAUCAUUCCAAGAACACUUUCAGCUAAUUGUGGAGCUGACACUGUUAGAGUGUUGACUGAAUUAAGAGCAAAACACAGUGAAACUGGUGGACUUUAUUUUGGAGUUGAUGGAAAUACUGGAAAGAUUGCCAAAAUGAAUGAUAUUAAUGUUUGGGAACCACUUUCAGUUAAAAAGUAAGUUAAAUAGUGCUAUUUAAUAUAGAUAAGUUUUUAAAACUGCCAUUGAAUCUGCAUGUAUGUUAUUAAGAAUUGAUGAUGUUGUUUCUGGAAUAAAAAAGAAAUAAUAACAAUCAGGACGUUAAGGAGAGGAAGAACCUCAAGAAACAUUUGGAGAUUAAAGAGAUGGUUGAUAUUUGUUAAAUAUUAUUAAGGAU